AUUUCUUAAAUAUGUACAAGUUGAGGUGAUAAUAAAGACAAUUCAUAUAACAUACAACAGUCGGACUGUAGAGUUCGGUCAAUACACAAGUAUUUUAUAGAAAACGUUCGAAAUAAAUAAAUAAAAACACAUAAGCAUAAUGAAACUACAAGGACGUUUGGGGCCAUGUCUGGGCAUUUCCCUAUUCUUAUUUAUAUUCCUUACUGUACCAGAAAAUUCCAACUCGGUGUCUAUAGCAGCUGUUGUUGCUGCUGUUUCAGCUGUCAAAGACAUCAUCAGUAUAGUCAAAGAAGUCAAAACGGCUGUUUCAGACGGCUGGAGUUUUGCGGAAAAUAACUCUCAAGGAACAACAAGUAAUAAUUUACCUCAGAUUUUAACACGCUUCAAUGAUGUUGGCAAUGAUAUUAAUUAUCUCGAGCAUAAGCAUUCUGAACCUGUUAAUAAUAUCAUUAAUUUAAAAUUGCUGGCGAAACAUAAUGAUAUUACCAAUACUAUGAAUGCUAUUACGGCGCGUUUUCAGGAAAUGCAACAAUAUGCAGCCCAUCUGGAUAACAUAGAGUCGUCGACGUUGACGUCAUUUGCCGAAUGGACGGCUUCGCCAAAUGGCUUUUCAGUGUAUCAUUUAAUGGAUCGUUUGCAUUUGACUAUGUUCGGUUCGGAUGAUAAGACCAAUAAACCUGGCUCAAAUAUUUUUGAGAUGUUGGUGUCGAGUUAUGGGAAAGAAGAAAAAUGUUUGAAUCAACAAUCUACCCAGCAAUUUAUCUACUCAUUGUACACGGACAUUGCAUUAACAGAACUUAAAGCUUACGCCAUGUUGGAAUUCUCCUGGAUCAUCUUGAGAGCGUAUGGCAAGGGAAACUUCACACAAGAAGCAGAAAUUAUGCGUAAAAAUUAUGAAAAACGUUCGGAGAAAACUUUGCGCCGAUUACAUGAAGUAAUGGAUGGAGCCGAUCGCAUUGUUUGGCGCUGUGAUCCCGAUAGAUAUGUUGAGGGUGAAACAUACGAACAGGUGACACGUCUUUUGCAGGCCUACAUUGAGAAUGAAGUGGAUAUGAGUUCUAGUCGUGAUUGUAUGCAAUCGUGUGCUGCUUAUGGUCGCACAAAGAAUGAGGGUUGUUAUAUGGAUCAGUUCUGUGCCGUGCAAGAACGUUGUUCGGGUCAAAUACACGAUUGUUAUUAUGCCAGCGGCUAUAUAAAGGCAUGUCCUUCGGCUCUUGAGAGUCUUCGCCGUUAUGAAUACAUAAAGUUUGAUGAUGGUCCUCCUGCUUAUGGAAAGCAAGGUAGCUGUUAUCGUGGUGAAUCUGAGGCUAAUUCAUGGAUGCGUUAUGUAUUUUGGGAGUGCAGUUAUUGUGUAUGCAUGUGCGAUGAUCAAAACAGCAUCAAAACUGAUCGUUAUUUCAAUUUACGUGAAACUCUGUCAAAUGUUAAUGACAACAAGGUUGUGACAGGUUUACGUUUUACCAAAAAGAAUCGUAUAUUCCAUUUGCAAAUCCAAGAAGGUCAACUUUUGCCCAGAGGUAUGAUUAAUGAAUCGACUCUAGGCUGGAAACCAGUUGAUAACUAUACUUUAUAUGAAAGGGGUGUUAUUAAUAACCAAGAUUACUUUACAUUAACCUAUGAUGCCCGCUCGAUUGAUUUGGAUAACAUACAGACCUUUGAUGAUAAAUAUGUGGUGACGGGUGUACGUUUUCAGGUGGUGGGGGCACAUUUAAAUUUACAGGCUAGAUUAAGUAAAUUUGAUUUUGAAACUGGUCAAUUGAUUAAUCCCCGGGAAAAUAGUUACUGGAUAACUAACGAAGUUAGUGAAUAUAGAAGAAAUAGAUUUUUACUUAAUGAUGCUGAUAUACCCACACACACCAAUGGCAAAUCAGAACCGGAUACUGGUCACAAUCAAUAUAUAAAAUUUUCAGCCACAAGUUUUGAAAAAGAUGUGGCACAAACAAACGUACCGUUUAUAGAUAUUCAAAAGGUUGAAUCGAAACCACCAGUGCCAUUAGCUGGUAUUGGUAUCUACCACAAAGGUAGAAAUGGCUAUGGUGGAUUUUUGGCUCCAAAAAUUAUGACUUAUGAUUUUGCUCCGCAUAUUCAGACGCCUAGUGGAAAUUAAAUUCUUCUUAUUAACACCAAUCUUUAUUUAAUUUUAUAUAUAUUUACUUUCUAACGAAAAUCUCGAAAUUUGUCUGUAGAAAAAACAAAAUAUAUAAUAAAUUUUUUUAUUAA